UGUGCGGCGUGACCGAGGAAGGAACAGCGAAAAAGAUGGUGUCCCAAAGCCUGCGUGUUGUGAUGGCGGCGGCCGCGCUUGCACUUGCAAUGGCGGCCUCUGACCCCUCAUAUCUCCCGGCCUACGCUGGUGGCAUCGGCGCUGAUGUCCCCAUUGUGGCACCUCCUGUCGGUGUUCCCGUGGCACUCCCCGGCCUCGCCCAUGUCCCCGCGGCGGUGCCAUGCCUCCCCGAGACGCAGUACGUGAAGAAGUACCAGACGCAGGUGCAGCAGGUCCCUGUCUACACCACCGUGUACAAGCAGCAGAUCGUCCCCACUACCCUGUACAACACCCAGUACGAGACCGUGUACCAGACCGAGUACAAGACCGCCUACGUCCCGAAAUACAUCACCGAAACCGCUUACAAGACCGAGGUGCAAUACCAGACGGUUUACAAGACCCAAUACCACACCGAAUACCAGACCCACUACGUCACCUCGACCCAGUACGUGCCCAAGUACGUGACCCAGACCCAGUACAACACCCAGUACGUGACACAGACAGAAUACCAGAAUAUCUACAGCACCCAGCUCGUGCCCAAGUACAUCACGAAGACCCAGCUGCAGUACCAGACUCAGUACCAAACCAAGGUACUACCCCAGUACCUCACCGUCACGAGGACACAGCACUUCUACAAGACUGUGUGCCCGAAACCUGCCUAUGGAUACUAAGGAAACUCUGUGAUCUGGCUGUGAAAUUCUCGUGUUUAUCAGACUCUGUACUAUGCAUUUUUAAGGCAUUUUUCUUAAAGGCAUUAUAUAAUAACAUCUCA